AGCUUUGAGCUUUCCACUAUCUCCUCCAAAACCCUAGUUGCUCGCGCCAUCCCUGUGCCGUUAGCUCCACACUCUCUCUUAGCCCCAGCGAGCCAGAUCCAACGAAGCUCAGAGAGAAAUGGCGGUGACCGAGCGCACGGUGCUACAGUUCUCGCCGACCUUGACGGCGAAGGUUCAUCCUCUGGUCAUCUUCAACAUCUGCGACUGCUACGUCCGCCGCCCUGACCAGACCGAGCGCGUCAUCGGCACGCUCCUCGGCUCCGUCCUCCCCGAUGGCACGGUCGACAUCAGAAACUCCUACGCCGUUCCUCACAGCGAGUUUUCCGAGCAGGUUGCUUUAGACAUUGAUUACCAUCACAAUAUGCUGAUAUCUCAGCAAAAGGUGAAUCCUAAGGAAGUCAUUGUUGGAUGGUACUCAACCGGUCUUGGAGUUACUGGUUCUAGUGUAUUAAUCCAUGAUUUCUAUUCUGGAGAGGUUCCCAACCCAAUUCAUUUGACAGUUGAUACGGGAUUCAGUAAUGGAGAGGGUACAGUAAAAGCAUAUGUUUCGUCAAAUUUGUCUCUGUCUCAUGGAGAACAACAGCAAGCAGGAGGUCGACAAGCAGGAGAUCGUCAACUUCCACUUGCAGCACAGUUUCAAGAAAUUCCUCUUGAUCUUCGCAUGGUUGAAGCCGAGCGAGUUGGAUUUGAUAUUCUUAAGACAACAAUGACUGACAAGCUUCCAACUGAUUUAGAAGGAAUGGAAGCCUCAAUGGAGCGGCUGCUAGCUUUAAUCGAUGACGUGUAUAAAUAUGUUGACAGUGUUGACGAAGGACGUGUUGCACCAGAUAACAAUGUAGGGAGGUUUCUAUGGGAUGCUGUAGAAUCUCUUCCAAAAUUGUCUCCUGCAGUUUUUGAUAAGCUAGUGAAUGACAGCUUGCAGGACAAUAUGCUCUUGCUAUAUUUGUCGAGUAUCACCAGGACACAGCUUACCCUAGCUGAAAAGUUGAACACAGCUGCUCAGGUUCUGUAAGGCCUAUCCACUUUGAAGAUCUAUGUGCCAAGACAAUUUUUUCUUACAAAGUCAUAUUAGUGAUAUAUGGCCAUCUGUGGCCAUUGUUUUCUGAGAAGGUUGUAAUACUUUGCUUCAUUUUGAAUAUAGGUAGGGAUUUCAAUGUUAUUCGAGAUUGUUUCAUCUGGUUUGAGUUUUGACUAGGAACAUAACCUUUUAUUGUUCGGCUUCCAAUCAUACUGCUUAAUUGCCUAAUUUUGUUGAGAUGAUUUGAGAGUGCAUAUUCAAAUCAGUGUAA